AUGAACGAUCAAUCCCACAAGGCCCCGAACCACAGCCGUCCUCUACUAUACGUUCCCAACACACUAUGGACGCGAUUAUUCGCUGCAACCGUCAUUACCGAGACAGUCCUCACAGUCGGAAUUGAAAGCUGGAUCCUGAUCAGUCUAUGGAACAAUCUCAGCGACGAUGGAAAGAGCCAGGGCCCACUGCGCCUCCAGUCAUUCCUGGGACUGUUUAUCUUCGCCUUGUUAUAUGAGCUCGGUCUCUCGUACGAUGCAUUACGCCGAAAGAACACCAUUCAAUUGGUCGGCCUCUGCGUCUGUAACCUGGGUCUCUUGACAUAUGGCUUUCUCCAGAUGCAGGAGAUUCAAUCGACCAUCAGCGGCAUGGUCAAUGACAAAACUUUUAGCGACCACUUGCUGGAGGUAUAUCGGAUCGAACUUAUCAUCGUCCCGGUCAUCUUGGGUGUCGGGACCGUGUGCAUGAUUUUCUUUACGUGGAAGUUGCGCGCGGAGUUCUCCUGGUCCAUCUACAAAAACAUCAGUGCCGAUUUACAGAUGAAGCGGCGAUACUUCACAUAUCAGGUGUACAUCUCACUCCUGAAAUUCGACUUUUUCUUCGUGUUUGGAAGUCAACUCCAAGUUCUUCUCGUCGUCAGUAAGGCCGAAGAUGCAGAUUUCAUUUUAAACGCCGCUUUAAUCCCGAUCACAAUUGCGACAUUGGUUCUCUCCGCUCAGUUUUGCAAGCGGGAAAAACGAAAAUCUCUCAUUCUUAUGAUGUUCUUUAUGCUUAUUAUCAUGGGCUGCUUUGUUCUUACAUUAUUCCGAAUGCAUAGCACAACGGACAGCGCCAACUUCAGCUCUGUCCGAAUAUCUCUGACCUUGUUUGCUGGAGUUUCAUUGCUGUUGAUGCUAGUUACGUUGAUUCUCUCCGUGAUGUGCAUUGUCAAUUUCAACAAAGGUCUGAAGCACCAUGUUAACCCUUCUAAAAAGCGACGGAAAAAUUCAGUUGCGUUGGAACUCCAGGAGAGUGAAACUCCUACGCGGUUCUUGCUGACCUAG